GGGCGGCCGGGCGGGGCUCGCGGUCGGAGUCCGCUCCAGUCUCUGCCGCCUCGGUCCCACUGAGCGUGUCCGGCCAUGGAGCAGCCGCGGAAGGCGGUGGUGGUGACCGGGUUUGGGCCUUUUGGGGAGCACACUGUGAAUGCCAGCUGGAUCGCUGUCCAGGAACUGGAGAAACUGGGCCUUGGGGACAGCGUGGACCUGCACGUGUAUGAGAUCCCUGUGGAAUACCAGACCGUCCAAAGGCUCAUCCCUGCACUGUGGGAGAAGCACAGCCCCCAGCUCGUGGUACAUGUUGGGGUGUCGGGCAUGGCCACCACGGUGACCCUGGAGAAAUGUGGGCACAACAAGGGCUACAAAGGACUGGAUAAUUGCCGGUUCUGCCCCGGCUCACAGUGCUGUGUGGAGGACGGCCCUGAGAGCAUCGACUCCAUCAUUGACAUGGAUGCUGUGUGCAAGAGGGUGACCAUGCUGGGGCUGGAUGUGUCUGUCUCCAUCUCCCAGGAUGCUGGCAGGUACCUGUGUGAUUUUACCUACUACACCUCACUCUACCAGGGCCGCGGCCGGUCAGCUUUCGUCCACGUGCCCCCCCUGGGCAAGCCCUACAAUGCUGACCAGCUAGGCCGGGCUCUGAGGGCCAUCAUCGAGGAGAUGCUGGGUGUCCUGGAGCAAGUGGAAGGGGACAUCAGCUGCUGUCACCAGCACUGACAGCCACACACACCCAGCGCUGUGAGAGGAGGUUCUAGCUUACACAUCCUCUCCUCGCCUUGGUGGACUGCAAGGCAGUGGAUGGAGCUGUCGUCUGGAGACACAGCUGCUGUCCCCAGAGGCCAAGGCUGGGACCAGGGCGAGAUGGCCACAGGCUGGUGGCCUGGACACCUGCCAUCCGCUGCCUGGCCCCAGCACACUUCGCUUUCCAGGGGCUGUGGACAGGAGUCAGAGCUGCCUCUCUGGUGGGGUCUCACCAAGUGUUAGAAAGGAGUUGGCGCUAAUCCAUGCCCCUAAGCCCUGGAUGGUCCCCGGUAAAGCCACCUGGAACUUGACUGCCUUUUCUGUCCCCCCACUCUCCUCUCCCUUUCUCCUCCUCCUCCCCCCUCCAGUGCUAGACUAGGGAACAGAAUAAUUUAUAUCCCCAUUGUUAAAACUUCAGGCUUAA